AUGGUGCACAUUUUAGGACUUGUCUCUACUAAACGAGGAAAAAUAACGAUUGCUCUUGUUGCUGCUUCUAUUCUUGUUGUAUCCGGUGUUAUUAUUGGCCUCGUCUUUGGUUUAAGAAAAUGUACGUAUACAGUUUUAGUUUUAUCAAAAAACUUUGCUUUUCCUGAUACUGAUGAAACUGUAUGUGGUUCCAGUCAUGAAACUUAUGUUAUCAAUGGUUCAUCUAUUUUGGGCAAAUAUCCUCGAGCAGCUGUAGCAGUUGAUAAUAUUGAAUGUUCAAGAAUUGGACGUGGUAUAUUAGAAAAAAAUGGUUCAACAAUGGAUGCUGCUUUGGCAGCUGCUAUUUGUAAUGGUGUUUUAAAUGCACACUCAAUGGGUAUUGGUGGUGGAUGUGUUAUAACCGUUUAUUCAAAGAAACGAGACAAAGCAUAUAGUAUUAUUGGUAGAGAAGUAGCAGCAUCUGGCGCUAAUGAAACAAUGUUUGUUGGCAGACAAAAUAUGUCAGAGUUCGGUGGAUUAGCUAUUGCAGUACCUGGUGAAUUACGAGCUUAUGAAAAAGCUUUUCAAGAAUUUGGUGGAGGUAUUGUAACAUGGAAAGAACUUUUUGAACCAACAAUUCGAUUGUGUCGAGAUGGUUUUGAGAUUAGUAUAUCACAAGGUACAGCUAUUCAACAACAAACAAAUAAUAUCCUUGCUGAUUCUGCAUUAAGAGAACUUUUCGUCAAAAAUCGAGAGACAAAUGAAUUAUACAAAGCUGGUGAUAUAAUGAAACGACCAAAAUUAGCUGAUACACUUGAAAUAAUUGCUAACCAAGGUGCCGAUGCAUUCUAUACAGGUGUUUUAGCUGAUAAAAUUGUUAGGGAAAUUGAAGCUAAAGGCGGAAUUAUAACAAAAGAAGAUCUUGCUAAUUAUACAGUUGAUUUUCGUGAAGCAUUAAGUGUUGAUAUUGGUAAUUCAUCUACUGCAUAUACAACACAAGCACCAACAAGUGGACCACUUCUUACUUUUAUGUUAAAUAUAAUGCAAGGUUACAAUAUGCAAGUACAAGAUUUACAGCAACCAGAAUCAUCUGCUUUAUUUUAUCAUCGUCUUAUUGAAGCAUUUAAAUUUGCUUAUGCAAAAAGAAGUGAACUUGGUGAUCCAUUGAAAAUAGAUAUUGAUGACCUUAUCCAUAAUUUAACAUCAAAAGAUUAUGCCGAUAGUAUUCGUGCAAAAGUCGAUGAUUCUAAAACAUUUGGGUUUGAAUAUUAUGGUGGAACUUGGCUAGAUAGAUAUACAGUAGGAACAGCUCAUUUAUCAGUUGUUGGACUUGAUGGUGAUGCUGUUGCAUUAACAUCAACUGUUAAUCUCUAUUAUGGUUCAAAAGUCCUUGGUCCUGAAACUGAUAUUUUUUAUAAUAAUGAAAUGGACGAUUUUUCAACACCAAAUACAACUAAUUAUUUUGGUGUACCAGCAAGUCCAGCUAAUUAUAUAGCACCAGGCAAACGACCAGUUUCAUCCAUGUCACCUGUAAUUAUUAUAGAUAAAGAAAGUAAACGUAUCCAACAAGUUUUAGGUGCUAGUGGUGGUACAAGAAUAACAACAAGUAUUGCUCAAGUUUCAUUGCUUAAUUUAUGGUUUAAUAAAAAUAUUAAAGAUGCAAUUGAUGCUCCACGUCUUCAUUCUCAAUUAUUACCACAAGAAGUUAUUGCUGAACGUGGUUUUGAUUAUAAUAUUUUACAACGAUUAAAACAACGUGGACAUAAUAUAACAUGUGGUUCUUUUGGUGGAUCUACUAUACAAGGUAUUGAAUGGCGUGAUGAAGCAAAUCAAUACUGGGCAAACUGUGAUAUACGUAAAGGUGGCGCACCCGACGGAAUAUAA